UCCCCAUAUCACGAUAUCCCACGUCACGACAUCCCCAUUUCAGUAUCCCCCAUGUCACGAUAUCCCCAUUUCUAUCUGUCCCCAUAUCACGACAUCCCCAUGUCCCACUGUCCCCAUGUCACGACAUCCCCAUGUCACAAUCCCAUAUCAUGACAUCUUCAUGUCGUGACAUCCCCAUGUCCCACUCUCCCCAUGUCCCACUGUCCCCAUGUCACGACAUCCCCAUAUCGAGACAUCCCCAUGUCAUGACAUCCCCAUGUCACACUGUCCCCAUGUCACGAUAUCCCCAUUUCUAACGGUCCCCAUGUCACAACAUCCCCAUAUCGUAACAUCCACAUGUUACAACUGCUCAUCCCCAUGUCAAGAUCCCCAUGUCAUGUUGUCCCCAUGUCAAGUCGUCCCCAUAUCGCAACAUCCCCAUGUCAUGUCGUCCCCAUGUCAUGUCGUCCCCAUAUCACGACAUCCCCAUGUCAAGUCGUCCCCAUAUGGCAACAUCCCCAUGUCAUGUUGUCCCCACGUCACGACAUCCCCAUGUCAUGUUGUCCCCACGUCAUGACAUCCCCAUGUCACGACAUCCCCAUUUCUAAUGGACCCCAUGUCACAACAUCCCCAUGUCAAGUCCUCCCCAUGUCACGACAUCCCCAUAUCGUGACAUCCACGUGUCACACCAACUCAUCCCCAUGUCAAGAUCCCCAUGUCACGACAUCCCCCCUUCACACAGUCCCCAUGUCACGACAUCCCCUUGUCUGAACAUCCCCAUGUCACGAUAUCCCCACUUCUAAAUGUCCCCAUAUCACGACAUCCCCAUAUCAUGACAUCCCCAUGUCACGACAUCCCCUUGUCUGAACAUCCCCAUCUCAUAAUAAAACCAUGUCAUGAUAUCCCCAUUUCUAACGGUCCCCAUGUCACGACAUCCCCAUGUCACAACAUCCUCAUAUCAUGACAUCCCCGUGUCCCACUGUCCCCAUUUAAUGACAUCCCCUUGUCACACAGUCCCCAUAUCACGAUACAGCCAUGUCACGAUAUCCCCAUAUCACGACAUCCCCAUGUCAUGACAUCCCCAUUUCUAACGGUCCCCAUGUCACGACAUCCCCGUGUCACACUGUCCCCAUGUCUUGAUAUCCCCAUGUCACGACAUCCCCUUGUCUCAAUAUCCCCAUAUCAUGAUAUGAACAUGUCACGACAUCCCCGUGUCACACUGUCCCCAUAUCACGACAUCCCCAUGUCACGACACCCCCAAAUCACCUCAUCCCCCUAUCGUGACAUCCCCAUGUCACGCUGUCCCCAUGUCACGAUAUCCCCAUUUCUAAUGGUCCCCAUGCCACGACAUCCCCAUGUCAUGAUAUCCCCUUGUCUCAACAUCCCCAUAUCAUGAUAUAUCCAUGUCACGAC